AUGGCCCCAGCAACGCAAUUUGAGGUUGCGCAGCCCCCAGACGACGCCGUGUCGCGCGUCGUCUUUGCGCCGGAAUCACCAACUAGGCUACUUGUCUCCUCGUGGGAUAAGAACGUCUAUCUCUACGAGAUCGAGGAUGGCGACGCAGGUUCAGCAAAAUUGGUGCGGCAGUUUGAGCACCGUGCGCCCGUCAUGGACGUGUGCUUCGGUGGUAGCGACAAUGAGGCAUUCACGGCGGGGGUGGACCACAGGGUGACAAGGAUCGAUCUUGAAACAGGCUCCCAAACCGUCAUGAGCGAACACACCAAGCCCGUCCGCUGCGUCGUCUUCUCCGCCGAGCACCAACUCCUCAUCUCCGCCUCGUGGGACAGCACGCUACACAUCCACAACACCGCCGCGCCGGAUAGCCCACCGGCCGUCGUCCAGCUCCCGGGCAAGCCGCAUGCCAUGUCGUCCAGCCCGACGAAGGUCGUCGUCGCCAUGACGGCGCGACUGGUGCACAUCUUCGACCUCCCCACCGUCGCCAAGCAGCUCGCCUCCUCGUCGGCGCCAGACAUCAAGCCCUGGCAACAACGGGAGUCGUCCUUGAAGUUCCUGACCAGGGCUGUGGCUUGCAUGCCAAACGACGCCGGCUACGCCACCAGCUCGAUCGAGGGACGUGUCGCCGUGGAGUGGUUCGAAGACUCGGCCGAGUCCCAAGCGCGCAAGUACGCAUUCAAGUGCCAUCGACAGGCGGCUUCUGAGGAGGAAGGCGGUGGGGAUGUUGUCUACCCUGUCAAUGCGCUCACAUUCCACCCUGUGUUUGGAAAGACAUUUGCCAGCGGUGGCGGCGACGGGACUGUGGCGCUGUGGGAUGCCGAGGCCAAGAGGAGGAUGAAGCAGUACCAGAACUUUGGAAACAGUGUGGCGUCGCUUUCCUUCUCGUCCAAUGGAAAAUUCAUGGCCGCUGGUGUUUGCCCAGGGUUCGAGACAGGGCAGGAGAAUUACAGUGGGCAGGGCCAGACUAAGGUGGUGAUCCGGGAGUUGAGCGAGACAGAGGCCAAAGGGAAGGGAGCGAAGUAG